AUGACGUCCAUUGAGUUCCGCCCUCCCUACUCGCAGGAGGAGCUCGAUAGACUCUACCCCAAAGACCUGGAGCUUCGCCUCGUGCAAGUCCUCCUCCGUCACGGAGAACGUGCUCCUGUGUCUGCCCGGUUCAGCAACGCCGGCCUCCCCGCAUACUGGCCAUACUGCAACGCUGCGCAACGCCUGCGGUCGGUCGCCUUGACGCCCGAGGACGAUGUGCGAUGGAACUCCCUACAGUGGCGGAGAAGAUUGGAGAGAUUCGGUCACGAUGACGGUCCAGUCAUUGCUGCAGGACCAGUUGGUGAGGUGGAUGGUAUUUGCCAACUGGGCGAACUCACCGAUAAAGGAAGAGAGACUACCUACGAGCUUGGAAGGCGUCUACGGCAUCUCUACGUCGACCAGUUGAAGUUCAUGCCGGCGCUGAUUUCGAACGCCGACCUGAUCUACCUCAGAGCCACUCCUCUACCUCGUGCUCUCGAAUCCCUCCAGGAAACAUUCUGGGGGAUGUACCCGUUAAAUGCCCGUACGGCCGCGUUCCCUGCCCCUACUAUCGUCACAAGAACCCCUGCAGAUGAGACCUUGUUUCCCAACGACGGCAACUGUCGACGAUUUGCCCAAUUGUCUCGAGCCUUCGCGCAGCGGACCGCAGAUAGGUGGAAUGACACCGACGACAUGAAGUACCUCACCAAGCUCAUUGGGAAGUGGAUGCCCGAAAACUCGAAUAAGAGAGUUGCGGUGGACUCUCAUCCCAGGUUGUCUGGCAUUAUGGACACGAUCAACUCGACGCUUGCUCAUGGUCCAGAGACGCGUCUUCCCAAGGAGUUUUAUGAUGCAAAGGCACGGGCCAUCAUUGACCGCAUUGGUGUGGAAGAGUGGUUCUCGGGAUACCAGGAGAAUCGGGAAUAUCGCAUGUUGGGCAUAGGAGGCCUGAUUGGCGACAUUGUCGAGCGGAUGACUUCCAAGAUUGAAGGCGCACGUCUGAGUAUCAAUGAGAUCGGCGGCGAGAAUGGUCGUCUCGGUCUCGGCCGAGGUGGUGAAAAGGGCAUUCGGUUUGCCAUGUCAGGAUGUCAUGAUACUACCCUGGCUGGUGUUCUUUCAAGUCUUGGGGCCUUCCAGGGCGAGAAGUGGCCUCCUUAUACCAGCCACAUCGCCUUCGAGUUGUUCCGGCAGAGAGAUCCCAAUGCCUCGGACUCGGACGCCGAUGCAGACUUCCUCACACCCGCCCAUCCACCUUCAACAGAGCCCAAAGCCUCCAGUGAUGCGAACAGACCAGGCCUCUUCGCUUCCUUCCUGGGUCUACGCUCUCCCACAUCGCCAUCUCAGUCCUCCGACUCUGAACCCAAAUCAACUCCCGCCAAAUCACCUCGUUCGACUGCAUCCACCUCAAUGCCUCCCAAGGAUCUAAUUGCCCGAACUCCUUACAAAGACCUCUCGGAAUCCCAGAAAGCUCGUCUGGAAAACUAUUACGUCCGUGUGCGCUUCAAUGAUCGCGUCAUGAAGAUUCCCGCCUGCGCCAUACCCGGAAACAACUACCAAGGCGACGAGACCAUGUGCACGUUUGAAGCGUUCAAGCGUGUGGCCGAUGGUUAUGUGCCCCGAAACUGGAAAGCACAAUGUGGCGAGAACCUUGAUAAGCCGAUUGCGUCGUUGGAUUCUCCGCCACAGCCGGCGGGACAGAUUGACGAUGGCUUUUGA